CCGUUUUGGUCGCUGUUCUCCCCUCCCUGUAUUUUGGGAAUUUGGCGAGAGUACCAGAUCAUAACGCAGCAAAAUCACCUCUUUCUCUAUCAUUCGACUUUAGGUUAGAACUUCCCCUCAAAAGAGACUUUAGGUUAGAACUUGGAACUAGAAGCCCUUCCUUCUCACCUGCUCGGAUGCCGUAGCUGCUAAUCGAUCCUUCUAUUGCUCACCAGUUGGCCACCGCAGGAAGAAGCCAACAGCUCGGCCGCAGCAGGAGGAAGCCCGUCGCUCGUCGCCGCAGGGAGAAGCUCGCCGCACCAUAGGAUAACUAAAGGAAUCAGAUUGGUGCAUUACUGAACCAAAUGGAGCAGCAGCCAUUUUUAGAUCGAAUGCUCGGUCAGCUACGAUGUACUUGCAAGUAUUACACUGGAUAUCCAAAAGAUCUUGGCCCCUCACGCGUCAUUCAUUUCACAUCAGAACGUGAAUUCGUCAAGCUUCUCCAUGAAGGUUACCCAAUGGUAGUUGCUUUUAGUAUCAGAGGUAAUUACACAAGACAUCUAGACAAAGUACUUGAGGAAGCUGCUGCUGAGUUUUAUCCUGGUGUUAAAUUCAUGCGUGUAAGUGGUUUCUGCUCUGUAUAUAACAUGAAUGCUGAUGAGCAUUAUUAGGUCCAUGAUGUUCUUUAUGAACUCACCCACAGGCUGCUCAUUACAAUUUCAUUAGGUAUGAUCAGUUCUCUUGCUUCGUCUCAGGUUGAAUGUCCGAAGUAUCCUGGGUUCUGCAUAACACGGCAGAAGAAGGAAUACCCGUUCAUUGAAAUCUUCCAUAGUCCAGAACAAACAGCUAACCAGGGAAAGGCUGUGGAUCCUGGUAUCACCAAAUAUGCUGUUAAAGUUCUACCUUUCAACUACGAUGUCAGCCCUUAUGGAUUCAGAGAGUUCUUCAAGCGCCAUGGAAUAGGAUCAUCGAAACAAAAUCAAACAUCACAAUGAAUUUGCGGUGGAGAGUAUGUGACGGCUUUUGUUCAACAGUUCAAGCACAAAGUGCCUUCAAUACUUGUCCCCCCAUCUGCAUUUUGCUUGCAGAGAGGUGAAGCUCCUGGGCCUAUCACAGCACCGUUGUCUGUCUGUUUGAAUAAUUUGUGUAGCUUCCUUCCUGGAUUAAGGGUAUAUUUAUUAGUACACGGUCACUGUUAGAAAGCUGCUAGAAAAGUUGGCCGAUUUUAUUCGUCGAAUUUCGAGAAGUUGUUCAACUUGCUACCCAAUGCCACUCUCUGGUUGUCAGUCCUAGAAGGCUGAAUCGAUCAUUUCCCAUGUGUAGAUAGAUGGUUUCCAUUUACAAUGUUUCCGAACUGAUAGAACGAGAAGCUACCGGUACAAAUAAGAAGGACCAUCAUCGCAAUUCAACUAACGUUACAAUUAGGGCUGUC